GGCAUACUCACAGAAUUCCAUGUUUUGAAUUUUGUAUUCUUCCUUGACAGUGUGCAAAUUGCAAACCACUACCUAUUGUAUUGAAUCUUCAACCUCACCAGCAUUCUUCAUUACGCAUCUUAUAAAUCUCCACUGCCUAACGCCACCACCUCAGCGUAUACUUCUUCUUCUUAUUAUUAUUGUUAUUUAUUUUUUGGGUUGAAGGUCGAGAGAGAGAGACAAUGAUUAGAAAGGUGUUGAUGGUGUUUCUUGUGGUUUGGAUGGUGGGAUUUGGUUGUUGCAUUGAUAGAGCUUGUGGAGCAGUUUCUGAAUUUAGCAUUAAAAAGAUUGGUAGAGUCAAUGAAGAGGGUCCGUACUUAGGUAUUGUUGUGGCUAAUGCAUUUGAGAUGAACCCUCUUCUUCAAUCUCCAAGUUUUGUACCCAAUCCUAAGCUUCCUUACUUGGACUUCUCUGGGAAAAGAUUUAGGAUAGGGAAGGUGGAAAAUGUGAAGGUUAUAAUUGUGAUGACUGGAUUAAGCAUGCUAAAUGCUGGCGUAACCACACAAUUACUGCUAAGUCUGUUCAAGGUGAGUGGUGUUGUCCACUAUGGAAUUGCAGGAAACGCAAAUCCUUCACUGCAAAUCGGAGAUGUAACCAUCCCUCAAUACUGGGCUCACACUGGCCUCUGGAGUUGGCAGAGGUAUGGAGACGAGCCUAAUGACGAGCUUCCAUUAGAAUCUAAUGGAGACUACACCAGGAAAAUUGGGUUUCUUCAAUUUUCUGAUUACAACAACAAAACUGAUGCAGAAAAUGGGAAACCAGUCGGCAACCUUUUAAACAGAGUCUGGUUCCAACCAGAGGAGACUUUUCCGGUAAAUGGAACUCCUGAACUUAGGCAGCACUCCUUCUGGGUUCCUGUAGACAAGCAUUACUUCAAAGUUGCAAAGAAAGUUCAGGAUUUGAAGUUAGGAGGAUGCGUGAAUUCGACUUGCUUACCAAGAACACCAAUGGUGGUGAGAGUUAAAAGGGGCAUUAGUGCUAAUGUUUUCGUGGACAACAGUGCCUAUAGAGAGUUCCUCAACUCCAAAUUCAAUGCAACGCCAAUUGACAUGGAGAGUGCAGCAGUAGCCUUGGUCUGUAGCCAGCAGCUGAAGCCUUUUAUUGCUAUCAGAGCUCUGUCGGAUUUAGCAGGUGGGGGCUCUGCUCUUUCCAAUGAAGCUGCCAUCUUCUCCUCCUUGGCUGCUCAAAAUGCUGUCAAUGCUUUGAUUAGAUUCAUUUCCUUGUUGUCCGCUUAAUUGUGUACUAUUAUACUCAACUGCUAAUUUGAUACUUUUGCAAAUAAAUUAAGAUUUCAAUAAGAGAAGAAUGAGAAAAAAAAAAGUUAAAUUAAUAAUAUUAAUUGCUGUGUGUGAAAA